AUGGCUUCAAUUAAAUGCUUCACUAUCCACUUGCUAAAUUUGACUUCCCACACAGAUAAAUGUUACAAAAGCCCCCAGUAUUUGCUCUAUGGAAAAAGGCAGAUCUAUGUCCGCAGCACAGAUUAUGAUCGCACCAUCAUGAGUGCCCAAGCCAACCUGAUGGGACUUUAUACAAAUUCACAUUAUAUGGUUGACAAUGGCUUUAUGGAAAAAAUGGCUAAUUAUACGGGGCUUAAAUCUGAGCAGCUGACCCCGAGAGGCCUCUGGAAGGUGCAUGACACACUCUUCUGUCAGAAAACCCAUAACAUGACUUUGCCUAACUGGGAUACACCACAGGUUUUGGCAACUCUCUCAGAGAUAGAAGUGUUUAAUAUUGAAGCCCAUGUGGGAAUGCACGCUACCCAGGAGAAGGCUCGAUUCAUUGGAGGUUUGCUGCUGGGUGCUAUUUUGAGCAACUUUUCCAAAACGGUGUGCCAGGAUCUGCCUCUUAAGAUGAUCAUGUAUUCUGCUCAUGACAGCACCUUGAUUGCUCUCCAGGCAGCCCUCGGGGUUUACAGUGGCUGUCCACCACCCUAUGCAGCUUGUCAUGGAUUUGAAUUCUACCAAGAAAACUGUUAG